UAGAGUCACUGAUAAGAGGACGCAGUUGGAGAGAAAAGUGCUUACGCACCUGCACUCUUCCUGUAUAUUAACAAAAAUCAAAGAAGAUUUUUCUCAAAUUAAAACCAUGGAACGCUGGGUUGGCCGAGUAGCUAUUGUAAGCGGUGCAAGCUCCGGUAUUGGGGCAGCAGUGUCCAAAAGUUUGGUGGAGAGCGGCUUGAAAGUCGUUGGAGUCGCACGUCGAGUUGAAAAAGUUGAGGAGUUGGCUGAAGAAUUGAAAUCGCAGGGAGCAAAGGGUGAAUUGCACCCCGUUUGCGGAGACGUUACUAAAGAGGAGGAUAUAAAGAGGGUGGUUCAAUGGACCAGGAAAACGCUUGGAGGCGCCGAUGUUCUUGUCAACAACGCUGGUGUUAAUCGAUAUGGAAAAUUAAGCGAGCAAGCGACCGACGACGUGAAAUUAAUUUUGGAUACAAAUGUGAUCGCUCUGACGGUUUUCACCAAGGCGGUCGUCCAGGACAUGAAGUCGAGAGGAGUGAACGACGGACACAUUUUCAAUAUCAACAGCAUUUGCGGCCACUACAUUUCCGAGUACCCGUUGGGCUACAUUUACACGGCGAGCAAACACGCGGUGACGGUGGUGACCGAGGGUCUCCGCAGAGAGCUCAGGGAUAUGCAGACUCAAAUCAGGGUCACGAGCAUUAGCCCUGGGCUGGUAAAAACUGAAAUCAGCGUUGCUGGGGGUUUGUCGAAAGAAGUGGCGGACAAAAAAUAUUCCGAAAAUCCGUGCCUGGAGGCCAAGGAUAUUGCAGACGCCCUGACUUUUGCUCUGGGAGCACCGGGGCAUGUCCAGAUUCACGAGAUGGUUAUUCGAGCAACAGGCGAGUUCAUUCUCUAGAGCAUCGUCAGAAGAAAGAGAGAAAAAAUGCCAAGAAUCGCAUCUGCGAAAUGCUGUUCAUUCAGAGCUCCUUUGAUUUUUUGAAUUCUUGACAGUCCAUUUGGCUUCCAGAAAUUAUUUUAUUGAAAAGAGAGGUGCAAACUUUUGCCGUUAAAAUAUGAAAAUAUUAAUCUGUAGAAGCACAAAUUUUAUUAAAAAUAUCAAACAAAUGAUUAUUUGAACAAUUUAAAGCUGUGAAAUGAAAU